CGCUGGCGAGCGGAGUGUGUGUUUCUGUGACGGCUUGAAGAUGGCGGAAAGGCCAGCGCAACUUUAACGGAUAAGAAACAAGAAAACAACAACAACCCGGCGAGGCAGCGCCGAGAGCCCGAGAAAGAGGGAGAAAUAACCGACAAGAGAAGCGUUUACCGAGGCGGCUUCACAGGAAACCCCCCUCCACCCGGAGAGAGAGAAGCUGAACCAAGAAGAACAUUUACACAAAAAAAAAACCAUCUCUCUAUAUAUUUAAAGCCGACUCGACCCUCCUUCUCCUCCGUGCUGUUUUUAAAUGCCAGUUUCUGAGUGUGUUUUCAGAUCUGUGUAAUUCACACGCACUGAAGAAGGGGAGAGGAGGACGCUUUCGCUUUUGUAAACAGCCAUCAUUUCUAAUUAUUUUUGUAUUUAUUCGCUGUUCUUUUGAAAGGAAAUCCUCUUACUGCUUUCACGCCUUCCUAAUAUCCAGUAGCGUGUGGAUCUCUAUAUGUAGAUAUAUAGAUAUAUAGAUAUAUAGACGCACACAUUGGCGAUCCCUCCUGUACAUAAAAAUGUAAAGAAACUUCAGGCCACAGGGGGGAAAAAAGCGGAAACAAAACAAGACAACACAUGAUUAUUUAUUACUAUCAUCAUUAGUUUAGUGUUUUUUUCUUCAAAACGCAGGAAAACAGCCGCCUCUCUCUGCACUCCGCCGAUGAGAUAUUAAUAAUAAUAAUAAUAAUAAUAAUAAUAGCGAUGGACUCGGAGGGGGCGAAAGUGCGCUACAGCAAGAGACUGCGUUCUGGCACUAGGAGGCGCUAUCAGGACGAUGGAAUCUCGGACGACGAGAUUGAGGGCAAGAGGACCUUUGACCUGGAAGAGAAACUGAUCAGCAGCAACUACAACGCCAACUUCAUCAAGGUCAUGGAGGGCAAAGAUUUGGACUUCAAGUACAUUCAGAGGGAAGGGCUCCGUGAUCCUUUGAUAUUCAUGAAGCCCGAUGGACUUGGAAUCAAGAUGCCAGACUCUGACUUUGGUGUGAACGACGUGAAGCACUUUGUUGGGAGCAGGCGGAUGAUCGAUGUGAUGGAUGUCUCCACUCAGAAGGGGAUCGAGAUGUCGAUGAGUCAGUGGCGCCGGUACUACGAGACCCCGCCGGAGGACAGAGAGAAGCUCUACAACGUCAUCAGCCUGGAGUUCAGCCACACGCGUCUGGAGAACCUGGUGCAGAGACCAGCCAGCGUGGACCUGAUCGACUGGGUGGAUAACAUGUGGCCCCGACACCUGAAGGACAGACAGAGGGACUCGACCAACGCCAUCUUCGACAUGAAAUACCCCAAAGUUCAGAAGUAUUGUUUGAUGAGUGUCCAGGGCUGCUACACGGACUUCCACAUCGACUUCGGGGGGACCUCCGUCUGGUACCACAUUCACAAGGGCGGAAAGGUUUUCUGGGUCAUCCCUCCCACCCCUCAGAAUUUGGAGCUGUACGAAAACUGGGUGCUGUCGGGAAAGCAGGGAGACAUCUUCCUGGGAGACAAGGUCUCGGGGUGCCAGCGCAUCGAGCUGAAACAGGGGUACACCUUCAUGAUCCCUUCAGGCUGGAUCCACGCAGUGUACACUCCGGAGGACACACUGGUUUUCGGGGGGAACUUUCUGCACAGCUUCAACAUCCCUAUGCAGCUCCACAUCUACAAUAUAGAAGACAGGACCCGGGUCCCUGCUAAGUUCCGCUACCCCUUCUACUAUGAGAUGUGCUGGUACGUGCUGGAGAGAUACCUCUACAGCCUGACCAGCAAGUCAUACCUCACCAAAGAGUUCCAGAGAGAGUCCCUGGGCAUCGGUCUGGAAUCUGAGAUGAAUGGAGCAAUCAAAAAGGAGGAGGAGGAGGAGAAGGAAGAGUGUGGAGGGAGUGGAAAUAAAAACGGGGGUGACGACGGCGAGUGUGCCCGGGCACUGUCUCGCCCUCCGGGGGAGGGGGGAGGGGGAGAGGCAGGAGGGGAGAAAGGAGGGGGGAAGGCGAGGGCUCAGCUCACUCCCUUUGAACUGGAGGGGCUCUGGAACCUGGUGGGCAAACUGGAGUCUCUGCCUCCCCACAAGAAGUGCAUUCCAGCGGGCAUCGAGGACCCGCAGUCACUGCUGAGCGAUCUGAAGGACCUCCUUGAGCAGCAGAGUGGUUCUGAUCCAGAGCUGUCCUACACUGGGGUCCCAAUUGUCAAGUGGCCCAAGAGGCCCCCCUCUCUGCUCCCCCCUGCCUCAGUGGGGCGCCCCAGGCUGUACCCCUCCUCUCAGCAGGCGGGGGGCCGGGCCCCGCGGCAGGGUCCUCGGGGUGUGGUGUCCGCCUCGCUGCGGCGCAGGAGGGUGCGUUGUAAGAAGUGUGCGGCGUGUUUGAGGAGGGAGUGCGGUUCCUGCAACUACUGCAGAGACAUGAAGAAGAACGGGGGUCCGGGCAGAAUGAAGCAGAGCUGCAUGCUGAGGCAGUGUCUCUCUCCUGGUCUCCCCCUCUCCUCUGUCUGUGUGGUGUGUGAGGAGGGGUCCCAGGACCUCGAUGACACUCACGAUGUCUCUCGCGUCCUGAUGGAGUGCUCCGACUGCAGCGAGAUCGCGCACCCCGGCUGCAUAAAGGUCCCGGGUGAAGGGGUGCUGAAUAAGGACCUACCGAAUUGCUGGAGGUGUCCCAAAUGCUGCCUGGAGGAGGCAGACAGCCAGUCUGAGUCCUCUGAAUGCAGCACUGCCUCUGCCGGCUCUCUCUCCCUCUCGCCCGCCUCUCAGGUCUCCAGCCUCCGUGAGAGGCGGCAGCUCCGAGGAGCAGGGAACUGCGCCCCGAACCCCAGGAGUACCUCCCGCACGCCCCGCUCCCCCGCCUGCGCCACCCCGCACACCCAGAGGCAGCGCAGACACACGCAGGCAGCUCAGCGUUACAAGGACUGCCUGCAACAGCAGCAGCAGCGCAAGAGGAGACUGCAGAGCAACCACGCAGCUGCACUGGAGCUGCGGCUCAGGAAGAGGAUUAAACUGGAACGGGAGAAGAUUUUACUUCAAGCUAAGAGGAAAUCUGUGGAUGGUUCAGUAGCACAAUCCAAAAUGAAGAUCUUACGCUCUCUGAGAAGCAGAGAGGACUCGAUGGACGGAGCCGGGCCAGGGGGCCGGAGUAGAAUCUCCCAGGGUUCCGCCGCCUCCUCGGUCUCCACCAGGAGUGGGCGGGGCGUGUCCACGCGCUCCUCCCAUGGGAGAGAGGCGGGGCCUGGGGGCGGGGCCAGGAGGAGGCGGGGCUCUGCGGCGACGGGAGCCCCACGCAGGAGCAGCAGAGAGGGGGUGGAGAGGAGCGAAAACCUGAGCCUGCGAGGAGCGAGAUUCAGGAGAAGGCAGCAGCAGCAGCAGCAGCAGCAGCACUCCACUGGCAGACUCCGUCGCUCCAGAGUCACCUCUCCCUCCUCCUCGUCCUCCUCCUCCUCCUCCUCCUCCUCUUCUUCUUCUUCCUCCACUUCCUCAAAGCGGCAGGGCAAAGAGAACCAGCCGGGCCGGAGGGAGGGCUCCCCGUCCCCCCUCGCAGGCGACCCCCAGUCCGAGGGGGAGGUGGAGGCGAGGGAGGGUCUCACCCUGGCGGCGUCGACGGAGAGCGAGGAAGAGGAGCAGCUGGCGCGGAUCAAGGGCUCCUUCCUCACGGUCACCCUCCAGCGGGCUCCCAAAACGCCCAGCAACGGCUCCCCCCUCUCCCCCUCCCCCUCGUCCUCCAUCGUCCCCCGGCUGCAGGCCAUCGCCCAGCGCUCCCCCCGGGCCAGGCCGCGGCCCCAGUGCAACGGGGAGCCCUCCAGGACAGCAGGGGGCGCUGUGGACAGGGACCUGGGCAUGCAGAAGGAGGUGUGGAUGUCGGUGUUCAGGCUGCUGAGCCGCAGAGAGCUGUGUGAUUGCAUGCUGGUGUGCAAGGCCUGGCACCGGUGGGGCUGUGAUAAGAAGCUGUGGAUGAAGAUUGAUCUCAGCCGCUGUCGGUCGAUCAGUCCCCAGGCUCUGAGCGGCAUCAUCAAGAGGCAGCCAGUCACCCUGGACCUGAGCUGGACUCACAUCUCCAAGAAACAGCUCACCUGGCUAAUCAACAGACUGCCAGGGCUGAAGGAUCUCAUCCUGGCUGGCUGCACCUGGUCCUCGGUCUCUGCUCUCAGCUCCUCCAGCUGCCCCCUGCUCCGGACAUUGGAUCUGAGGUGGGCCGAGGGGGUCAAGGACUCCCAAAUCAGAGACCUGCUGUCCCCCCCAGGCCCUGAUAACCGCAGUAAGCUGCGCAGCAUGGUCUCGUUCCGGCUGGCUGGCCUCGACCUCACGGACGCCACGCUGCGGCUCAUCAUCAGGCACAUGCCCCUGUUGGCCAGGCUGGACAUCAGCCACUGCAGCCAGGUCACCGACCAGUCCAUCAACCUGCUGACCGCCGUGGGGUCUUCAACCAGGACCUCGCUGACCGACAUCAACCUCGCGGGCUGCCACAAACUGACAGACGCCUGCCUGGGGUUCCUGAAACGCAUCCCUCACAUCUCCACCAUCGACCUGCGCGGCUGCAAAGGCAUCUCCAGGAAGGGCUGCGAGACCCUGACCUCCGAUCUGAACCUCAGAGCCCCAUACUGCCUGAGCGAAGACAACUUCAUACAGAGACUGAGCUGAGAGAGGAGGGGCUGGGGGGGGCAGAGACUGGGAGACCCUCAGAGCCCCCUACUGCCCUAGCGAAGACAACUUCAUACAGAAGCUGAGCUGAGAGAGGGAGGGGCGGUGCGGGAGAGACUGGGAGACCCUCCGAGCUGAACCUCAGAGCCCCCUACUACCUGAGCGAAGACAACGUCAUACAGAGACUGAGCUGAGAGUGGAAGUGUCUCGAACCGUGGACAACCUCUGUAAAGAAUAACGCUGCUCCAAUCCUGCGAUUACACUCUCUCUCUGUCUCUGUCUCCUUCUGUCUGUGUCUCUAUCGCUCUGUCCUCUCUCUCCCAGCCUCUGUCUC